UGCCAGAAUGCAAUACCUUCAUUUUGCUUUGGUGUUUCUGUUUGAAAAUGGCCUGCAUGUUUCAUCUCAAUGCACGGCUCAAGUCUCAGAUUUUUACAUGCCUGGGGAUUUCUUGAUAGGUGGACUUUUUGAUAUUCAUUAUGCCCAGGCAGACAAUCACCAUGUCCGACCCGAAGCACUUGAUUGCUCAAGCCAACGUUUUAGUAUCUCAAACUAUCGGAGGUUUCAGUUGAUGAGAUUUGCUGUAGAGGAAAUCAACAACUCAACUAGCCUGCUUCCAAAUGUAACUCUGGGUUACGAGAUGUUUGAUCACUGCUCAGAUACGCGUAGUUUCCCAGGGAUUUUAAAACUCCUCUCAGUCAAUGGUCAGAUCCAGCCUUGGGCUGAACCAUACAGAACACUCUCAAAAGUCAUAGCCGUGGUCGGACCUUUCACAAGCACUCAGGCCUUGACUGUAGCUCCAUUUUUCAUGGUGGAUCUCAUUCCUAUGGUUAAUUAUGGAUCCUCAUCCUCUGUUUUUUCAAAAAAAGCUAAAUUCCCAUCAUUCCUACGAACAGUCCAUCCCAACAGUGAUGUUAUUGAGGUGAUUGUUACCAUUUUGAAGCACUUCAAAUGGCACUGGGUUGCUUUCCUUUACAAUGCUGAUGAUUUUGGUUAUGAUGGCCUAAACAUAUUUAGAAAUCAGAUUACGGACACAGACAUCUGCAUUGCAUACACAAGAGCGCUCAUGACUGGCGAGAAUUUUUCUAGAGUUUUUCAACAAAUUGAAAUGCAGCGCAUUCAUGUUAUCAUUGUUUUUACUGCGGAAAUGGCUGCUGAAGCUCUGAUUAAAUCAGCUAUAAAAUCCAACAUCACAAACAAGGUUUGGAUUGCAAAUGAUGCAUGGUCUUUGAACAAACGGCUGCUUAAAAUGAAAGACAUCAGAAAUAUUGGAACCAUACUUGGUGUGGCUCAGCCCCUAUUAACUAUUCCUGGUUUUGUUGAUUUCAUCCAUUCUAUUGAGAGACAAAGUGAGUGUGGCCACAAUGGACAGCAGAUGCUUUGCAAUCAGGUUUGCAACUGUAGUGACUGGAGGGCAAAGGAUGUUCUCGAGGCCGACCCGUCCUUCUCCUUCCCUGUUUAUUCAGCUGUAUAUGCAAUCGCUCAUGCUUUGCACCACAGCUUACAGUGUGGAGAAAGUGGAUGCAAUAACAUUACAGUAUAUCCAAAUAUGGUUCUAGCAGAGCUACAGAAGUCCAAUUUUACACUGCUAAACCGGACUAUUCAGUUUGAUAAAAAUGGCGAUCUCAAGUUUGGACUUUACUUUGUCGUGUUCUGGAACCAUGUUGGUGAUGCACAACAGAUUGGGUUUUAUAAAUUUUACCCAAAAGUCCACUACUACAUCGACAGUGAGGAAAUCAUCUGGUACACAAAUGGAGAAGUCCCGACUUCUGUUUGUUCCCAAGAAUGCCAUGAGGGAUAUGUAAGAAAGCAAACUUACCCUCAAAAAUGUUGCUUUACGUGUGAAAUCUGUCCAAAUGAAACAUACAUCAAUGUUACAGAUGAUCCCUACAACUGCAUUAGCUGUAAGGCGACGGAGUGGUCUAAAGAAGGAAGUACAUCAUGCAACCCACGGCUGGUGGAGUACGUAUCACACACAGAGAUGUCGUCUGUGUUGAUCAUGGCUGGAGCCGGCAUCUUAGUGGGCCUCACUGGAGCCAUUUCCGUUCUCUUUGCCUUAAACUAUAACACACCUGUUGUCAGAUCUGCUGGAGGACCGAUGUGCUUCCUGAUUUUAGGUUGCCUCAUUUUGUGUUCUGUUAGUGUGUUCUUUUACUUUGGCAAGCCCACAAAUAUUUCAUGCAUUCUCAGGUACUUUCCUUUUCUGUUGUUUUACACAGUCUGUCUUGCAUGUUUUGUUGUUCGCUCUUUUCAGAUUAUUUUCAUUUUCAAAAUAGCCACAAAGUUUCCCAAACUCCAAAUCUGGUGGAAAAAAUAUCAUGGCCAGUGGUUAGUCAUUGCUGGAGCUUUUACAGUUCAGACCCUCCUACUUGCUAUUAGCUUUGCAUAUGAUCCACCCAUAUUGUACAAUGAAACAUCAUGGUACCAAGACCAAAUUGUGCUUUUCUGCACUUUGAAUCUUGAAGCAACCUCUGGCACUUUUGUUUUAGUUGUAGUUUUGAGCUGCCUUUGCUUUAUUUUCUCCUACAUGGGAAAAGACCUUCCCAAGAAUUACAAUGAAGCCAAAUCCAUAACCUUUUGCCUGCUACUGUUUACCGUCACCUGGAUCUUGUUUAUUACCAUCUACAUACUUUACCAUGGGAAGUUUAUCCAAACUUUGAAUGCCCUUGCAGUGCUCUGUAGUCUCUAUUUCUUUUUGCUGUGGUAUUUUCUACCAAAAUGUUACAUCAUUAUUUUUCAGUCUCACAAAAACACACAACAAUACUUCCAGGGUCAGAUUCAAAACUAUACUAAAACAAUAAGUCAGUAGGUUUUCCCAAAAAUAUUCUAGUACUGGUUAAAUAUUUGUAUAAUUUAGCCACCCUUUAUUUAUUUGUUUUAUUUAUUUGCUUAUUUUUCUGAUGGGUGGUAUCCUAUUUCAUGAAUAUUGUUUGAAUGAAUUUAGCUGUGGUGCAAUUUUUGGAGACCCCUGUUUGUAAUACUUUGUACUUUCCCAUUUUUCCUUAUGUGACAGAAGCAGACAAAUUAUUUAUAUUUUAAAAAUCUCUUUAGAUCGUCCACAAUCUAGGUCUCUUGCUUAUGGUGCAUUCUCUUCUGAUUCUACCAAAACUUAUAGCUCCUGCGACUGUGAUGAUGAUGGAGACAUGUUGUUUAAUUUCUGGUAAACAAUCCUGAUUUUCCCCACAUAUUUUGUCUUUUUUAGUUAUAAGGCCCUAGUCUCUUGAAGCUUGCA